CAAUCAAAACUUAUAUUUGAUGAACAAAAUAUCGUUCAAUUUUUGGACACUUGCUCACUCAUUCCUCUACAAAUAGAGGCUAAAGAAAUCAAAAGAUAACUCACUUCUCUCCAAAAAUCCUAACAUUUUCCUAAAGUAAGCAAAAAUCAUGGCGGAAGCGACUAGUUUGGUGGGAAAGCUUGAGGCAGAUGUGGAGAUCAAAGCUUCUGCUGGAAAGUUCCAUGACAUGUUCGCAGGAAGACAAGGCGAAUGGCUUAAAGCAACUCCAGGCAAGAUCAAGAGUUGUGAGUUGCUAGAAGGCGACUGGGGCAAACUCGGUUCAGUGGUCAUCUGGAACUACGUUCAUGAUGGAGAGGCAGCAAUGACCAAGAAGAGGGUCGAGGCAGUGGAUCCCGAGAAGAACCUGAUCAAGUUCAGGGUUAUAGAAGGUGAUAUGAUGAAAGAUUUCAAGAGUUUUGUGUCCACAAUCCAAGUGAUCCCUAAACUUGGAGAGCCUGGUAGUGUUGUGAAAUGGCACAUGGAGUACGAGAAAAUAAUCGUAGACGCUGGUCACCCUGAAACUAUCCUCCAGCUUGCUGUUGAAAUUUCAAAAGAUAUCGAUGAAUAUCUCUUGGCAGAAGAGUAGACGGUUACUCUUCGUGUGUGUUGUGUGAGUCUUUAAGUCUUUAUAGUUGCAAUGAAUAAUGUGCAAUGUCCGACUUUGGGUAUGAGGUGUAUGGUGUGGUGUGUGUCAAGUGUCAACUCACGCGUGUAUGUAUUACGCCGAGUUAUGUUUGAAGUUUCUUAGUUGGAAUCGACGUGUAAUUAAAGCUGCCUACAAGACUACUUUUAAGUUUAUGUUUGCUAGUAUUUGAUGUACGUUUGUUAAUAAUAAAAGGGACAUUUGGUACAAUAACCUAAAAAUAUGAUGAAUAUCAAUAAUUUUUUUAAUUA